UUCUAAUGCAGAAAAAUUAUAGUACUAGUUUCGAAAUUGGGAUUUUCGCCCCAAUUUUCGCGAAUCGGAACGGCACUUUCCCUUUUAAGUUAAACGAUCUUCUUGGGGGUUUUGGAAGCGGCACGAUUCUAUCGAAGACCACCUGCUACCCCGAGUAAUAUGUACAAGAACUUUAUAAUUUAAAAAUAUUUUUUGUCUGUUUCAGUUUGGUGAUGGUCCUAAUGUGCCUAGCUUUGAGUGUGUUCAGCACUAUACCCGAAUUUGAGGAGCAAGCAACUCUCACUCUUUAUUACACAGAAAUUAUUUUUGUUUUUUGGUUGGCUAUAGAGUAUGUGUGCCGGAUAUGGUCUGCUGGGUGUCGUAGCAGAUAUCGAGGUGUUGCCGGCCGUAUUCGGUUUGGAACCUCUGCUUAUUGCAUUAUUGACAUAAUUGUGAUAACGGCCUCUUUAGUGGUCCUAUGCAUGGGUGCCACUGGACAGGUAUUCGCAGCCUCAGCCAUCCGUGGCCUUCGCUUUUUCCAAAUACUCAGAAUGCUCCGAAUUGAUAGGAGGGCUGGAACUUGGAAAUUACUUGGCUCAGUCGUGUGGGCACAUCGCCAAGAAUUGCUUUCUACUCUAUAUAUUGGCUUUCUAGGGCUAAUUUUUUCUUCCUUCCUAGUUUAUCUAUGCGAGAAAAACUACAAUGGUAGGUAG